CUUUCUGGGAGUGUGUAUCUGACUGGUUUAUUCCAGGAUCUAUUGCAAAAACUAUUUAGCCGUCGCCACAGUAAAUCCUUCAGAUGCAAGCGACGGCGCAGACAAAUCACACUACAACAAUCACAGCACAGAAAUGUCUAUGAGGCAACAACUAUUCUGAUAGAGUUGUUCGGCCGGAGACUGUUUGCGCCAUCUUACUUUUACUUUUUCAGCCGUCGUAAAUCUUACCAAUGCAAUAUUCGUCUGGCGUUAGAAAGUCGACGCGCAUAAUAGCAGCAAUCCAUUUGAAACUCCCAUUGCGGAUUUUAAACACAAAGCGCACGGAGAUCACGGAGCAUCAUUCUGUUGAUUUAACGCACACACUAAAAAUGACGAGUUUUUUUUUUUUUUUUUUACGCACAAAGAAAGAAUAACAAAAAAGAGAGCAGAGCAGUGGAGCGCCUGUUUAAUUCCUGCCGGUAUCUUGCAAGCCCCAUAUCCUGGCACACAGCAGCCGAUUUGUUAUUGAUCAACUGUGAAAGUGACGGCUUCGUAUUUGGAAAAAAAAAAAAAAAAAAAAAAAAAAAGAAGAGAGUUGGGAGUUGACAGACUCGCAUGAUGUCGCCAUCCAAAGGGGGGCUGCCAGGCACACUUGAGACUUACUGCAACGAGCCUUGUUAAAGAGGAAAAAAAUAGAGAAAUAGAGAAUGAGAAGGAUUGUUAGUUAACGUGAGAGAGGGAGGGGGUGAGGGAGAGAGAGAGAGCGAGAGCGAGAGAGAGAGAGAGAGAGAGAGAGAGAGAGGGAGAGAGCAUGGAUUUGGGCAGGGCUGUGGUUACCCAGCAUAAGCUUGCCUUUUCCUUCGGUGACUACACCCCGAGAGGAGGAGCGUAGUAGGCGUCAGGAUCCUCAAUUUUUCAACUUAGCAUCUUGGCAGGACAUUUUCCCAAGCAAAGCCCCCGUCCGACGGGUAAAAAAAAACUUCUGCGCGGGCAUGAGAGCAACGGUGCAACUCAGAUAAGGGAGCAACAGAAAAACAAAUCCAGACAAAACAUCCGACGGGCAGUGGCUGGCUGGCAGCGAGCAAAAAUAAUCCAUCCAACAUCUAAGCCUCUCUUUAUUUUAAUCACUUUUACUUUUUGUCAUCUCGAUUGUCAUUUAGAAGGGGGGACAGACAGCGGGUCUGCAGAAACACGGCUCUAUGCGCUCCGACAGCAGCAGCGCAUGAGAAAAUAAAGAGGGGGAAAGUGCGCAAGUUAAGUGGCUUAUACUCUCCUGGCUCCAGCAUGGCGUAUCCUCAGGGCUAUUUGUACCAGCCGUCCGCGUCUCUAGCCCUGUAUUCGUGCCCUGCGUACAGCACCAGCGUUAUAUCGGGACCCAGAACCGAGGAACUUGGGAGAUCCUCUUCGGGAUCUGCUUUUGCGCCCUAUGCCGGAUCUACUGCGUUCACCAGCGCCUCGCCAGGCUACAACUCCCACUUACAGUACAGUGCAGACGCGGCGGCAGCUGCCACAUUCACCUCGUACGUGGUGAGUAAACUAAAGAGUUCUCCCUACGACCACACUACGGGCAUGGCCGGCUCAAUAGGAUACCACCCUUACGCAGCACCCUUGGGCACCUACCCUUAUGGUGACCCAGCAUACCGUAAAAACGCAACCCGGGACGCCACUGCCACCCUGAAGGCCUGGCUCAACGAGCACCGCAAGAACCCCUACCCCACCAAGGGCGAGAAGAUCAUGCUGGCCAUCAUCACCAAAAUGACCCUCACCCAGGUGUCCACCUGGUUCGCCAACGCCAGGAGGAGGCUAAAGAAGGAGAACAAGAUGACCUGGACCCCCCGGAACCGGAGCGAGGACGAGGAGGAGGAUGAGAAUAUUGAUUUGGAGAAAAACGAUGACGACGAGCCAAACAAGCCCACAGACAAGGGAGACUCCACAGACACAGAAGCAGAUCAUAAACUGCUGAACCCAGGGGACAUAGGCUGUGACAGAUUUAAAGAGGAGAACCACGGCAAAGACACGGAUCCCCUUCUGAGCGACUCGGAGUUAAAAGACCAGGAGGAGCGGACUACAGAGUUGCUGCCGGAUUCCGCGAAACCCACCACUUCGUCUCCCUCGGCGGUGCCCCGGGGGAACCAGGCCGUUGCGCAACAAGACAAGCCGUCAGAUUUGAGCCAUGCACAGGGUACGGUGACCAGCAACGUCACCUCUGUUAUCCAUUCGCCUCCUUCGGCCCCUAAACCCAAACUCUGGUCCCUUGCGGAGAUCGCCACGUCCUCAGACAGGUGUAAGAGCAGCGGCGACGCGCCACAGGCUUUGGGUCAGAGCUCAGUAAUGGGCACCAACGCGUCUCCAUCACGGUCCUCCCCUCAGUGCCCGCUCCCCAACAGCACGGUCCUAUCCAGGCCUCUGUACUACACCUCCCCUUUCUACCCCGGCUACACGAACUAUGGUGGCAGUUUUGGACAUCUUCACAGUAACCACGGCUCCGUAACCACGGGCUCCACGGCACAUUUCAAUGGAUUAAACCAGACUGUGUUAAAUAGAGCAGAGGCUUUGGUAAGGGAGAGCCAGAAAGUCAGAGGCCAAACGCAGGUAGAUCUUUGUAAAGACUCCCCUUAUGAACUAAAGAAAGGUAUGUCAAACAUUUAAUACCUGAAUAUUUUCCACUCACCGCGGACUUUUAUUUAUUUUUUGUGGUUGCAUUAAAAAAAAAAGAAAAAAGAAAAAGAACAAUGAUGAAGCAAAUUCUGAGAACAGUUAUUUUCUGAGUAAAUGCUUAUCCUCAGAUUUUUAGUUUCUGAAUGGUUAAUCCUAAAAUGUAACAAGAAUGGUCUUAAUCGCUGCAGCCGCCUGAGUCUAUUUGUAUUAAAGACUAACAUGUAUAUUUAAUGUAGCAUUUUUGUAUUUAAAAUGGACAACACACUAUCUUUGAAGUAAAUUAUGGAAAAAAAUUA